AUGCGUUUUCAUCAGCGCUGUGAUGACAUCGUAUUUGCCGAUUUGAAUCCAAGUGAAGAUUACAAGUCUUCUGUCCUUUCAGGUUUAAGACCGGAUAUUAUAAUGGAAAUUUGUUCGCGUGCAUUAUCAUUUUGGACUUAUCAAACAACUCAAGAGGCUUGUUUUCAAGAAAUGAUGUACAAGAGUCUAGAAGACAAGUAUACACAAUUGGAGAAGCAAGUGCAAAGUUUAAUGAGGGAUGCUCAGUCUGAAGUUACGACAUUACAGAAAGAUAUGGAACUCGAAAAACGGAAAACUCAUGACUUGGCAGAACAAUUACAGGAAAAAGGUCGCCAAUUUUCAAAAUUGCAGCUUAUGUACGAUAAAUUGAAACGACGAUCAUUGGUUCCGGCUAUACAACAAACUGUUAAUAAUACCACUGGUAUUUGUCCUAUUGGCCAAUUACCCAUACCACAAGACUAUUUGGCAAUGCGUGAACAAACUCCAUUCUCUUCCGGUAUUUCAAGUAAUGGAAAACGGACGACCGAUGGUAACGAUAUGAAUCCUAAUUUUCAACAAAAGGGUGCGUGA